GCUGCCUCUGAGUCUCAGCCCAAUGAGAGCUGCAGGGUCUGGACUCCGGAUCUGGAGUUGGGUUGUUCAGUGUGUGUGAGGGGGGACAACAAGCUCGGCUCUGAGUGGACUGGAUGCACGGAUGUUGGGGACGAACUUGCCUGUUGUUGCUGGAGGAACCGGUGGCCAUGGUCGAUCAAACUGAAUGUUGCAUUUGAGUUUUCUCUAGACCAGUGAUGUAUUUUACUACACCAAGCUUCAUGUACAAGUAAGUUACUGCUGGAGAACAGGACAUGUGUCCUAUCACUGAGGCCACAUGAGUAUCUUGAGAGAUGGAUCGCUGUAAACACGUGGGACGCCUGCGUCUGGGCCAAGAUCAUUCUAUCCUCAAUCCUCAAAAAUGGCACUGUGUGGACUGCAGCACCACCGACUCGGUGUGGGCCUGCCUCAAGUGCUCCCAUGUGGCCUGUGGACGUUUCAUGGAAGAGCAUUCGCUCAAACACUUCCAGGAGUCACAGCACCCUCUAGCCAUGGAAGUGCGGGAGCUGGAUGUCUUCUGCUUUGCCUGUGGAGACUAUGUCCUCAAUGACAAUGCAGAGGGAGACCUCAAACUUCUCAGAGGGGCACUCUCUACUGUUCGCAGCCCGGGUCGACGCUCGCUGCGGUCCUCCACCGGAGGGGAUUGUACCAGUUGGGCGAGAGAAAGUGGACCACAACCUGCCAUGCAGUUGGCCUUACGUUACAGGAGAAAAGCGCUCCUCGGGAAGAUGUUUCGGACGUGGCUGGACAAACAUCAGGAACGGCAGAAUCAACGCAUGGAAAAGCUUGAGGAAGCUAGAAGACAAAAGAAGGAGGUAAAAAGGAGACUCAUGGAAGAACUUGGCAAUGUACCUCCCAGAAAGAGUGCUAGGCUUCUCACUCAGGCGCCACGCUCGAUGAUCACGCUCAUUCCUCGCAAAUUUCGCGACCCCCCAGAACGCCUACCUCCUCCACCUCCCAAAAAGCCUUCCAUUCUCACCCUGUCCCGUAAGACUGCUCAGAAUGGCAGAGCUGCUAAACUGAGGAGAUUCUACUCCACACAUUCAGUAACCCGCCGGAGACCGGCUCCAGGUGUCACUGGUCUGCGUAAUUUGGGGAACACAUGCUAUAUGAACUCAAUAUUGCAAGUGCUCAGCCACCUGCAGAAAUUCAGGGAGUGUUUUCUCACUUUAGACCUGUGUGAGACUGAGGAGCUGUUGGCCAAGUCCAACCACACCCAGGGGACAAAGGGGGUAACGGGGGCUGUAGUCAGCAGUGCUAACACAGCACUGUCAGAAUGCCCUCUAAGACGCAUGGGGAAGGCGGGAUCUUGGAAUUUGCCCAUGAGCAAAAAAGAAAGUGCUGUCUCCCCCCCACCAGCUGCGGAGUUGGUGCAGCCCAAGGAGCCUCGCAGCUCCACCCGCCAGCAGAUGUCUCUGUGCCAUGAAUUGCAUACACUUUUCAGGGUAAUGUGGUCAGGACGUUGGACUUUGGUGUCUCCCUUUGCCAUGCUUCACUCCGUGUGGAACCUCAUCCCAGCUUUUCGUGGCUACGACCAGCAGGACGCCCAGGAAUUCCUGUGUGAGCUACUGGACAAGGUGCAGCAGGAGCUGGACACGGAGGGGUCCAAACGUAGGAUAGUCAUCCCCAUCACCAAGAGGAAACUGUCCAAACAAGUGCUAAAGGUUCUUAACACCAUCUUUCAUGGGCAGCUGCUCAGCCAGGUGACGUGCCUGUCCUGUAAGCACAAGUCUAACACCGUGGAGCCAUUCUGGGAUUUAUCCUUGGAGUUUCCCGAGCGCUAUCACAGCGUAGGCAAAGGCUCAGGGUCUACAGCUUACCAGCGCAGCUGCACCCUCACCGAGAUGCUGUCUAAGUUUACAGAGAUGGAGGCUCUGGAGGGCAACAUAUACGCCUGCAACCACUGCAACAGAAGAAGACGGAAAUCAUCCCACAAACCUUUAGUUCUGUCAGAGGCGUGUAAGCAGCUUCUGAUCUACCGCUUACCUCAGGUUUUACGGCUGCACCUCAAACGCUUCAGAUGGUCGGGGCGGAACCAUAGGGAGAAGAUCGGCGUCCACGUGGCCUUUGACCAGGUACUGAACAUCAAACCAUACUGCUGCACAGGCUCAGGUCACUCUGUCCACCGAGGAGGCUACACCUACGAUCUGUCUGCUGUAGUCAUGCAUCAUGGGAAAGGCUUCGGCUCAGGGCAUUACACCGCAUACUGCUACAACACAGAAGGAGGUUUCUGGGUCCACUGUAACGACUCUCAGAUGAAGGUUUGCAGUGUGGAGGAGGUGUGCAACACUCAGGCCUACAUCCUGUUCUACACCCAGAGGUCUGCCUAGAUACCUCUCUCUGUGACGUCAACAUUCAUGUCAUCUUAGCGCUGCAUUUAUGGAAACGUUCCCUAAUGUUUUCUCAGAUGUCAAUAUGAGAAAAGGGUCAGCGAGAGGGUCAGCAUCACGGGUCAUGUUGGUUAUUUUAGGUAUAUGAGCCAAAAAUACGGCUGUGAUAAAUGAUUAGAGAUGUCCUGAUUCUAAAACUGUACUAGCUGAGCUUUUCUGUGCAUUUUAAAUUGCUCAUGGAGUGGUUAAAACUGUUCCAAUCAUGUACUCUAGGUUUUUUGUUUUUUUUUUGAAACAUCUUUUAGCAAACAUUUGUAGACGAGUGGAUUCUUCUGUGGCUCCAAAACAACACACUUACACCAGAACGUCUGAAAAUGACAGCAGUGUUUCAACUAGGAUUUUUUUUAAGCAGCAAAAAAGGUCACCCACCCCCUCCCCCGCUGUUCCAGUACCUCCGCUGUUACUGCCUUCCCCCCUUUACUUCUCUCACUUAUCUUACAUGUUAAUGAGAUUUUUAUAUUUACCAGGUUUAUAUUUACCUGACGCACACAGAGUGACACAGCCGUACAUCAUUGAACUACAUGUUUACUUAGACAACAAGUGUUGUUAGCUUUACUUUAAAACUAUACUCCACUUUGUGAGUUAGGAGCAAGGAGUGACUACAGUAGUCACUGUUCAAUUGGCAACGAAGUGGAGAUAAAUUUACACUAAUUUUAAACUAGUCGGUUUCAUAUUGGGACCAUCGUGAAACCCUGACUGUCCAAAAUUCAUAAAAGCAUAAUACAGUGGCAGUAAUUUGAUUUUUUUAAAAACCUGCAGUUUGUAGCUUUAUUUUGAAGUUAAAUUUAAGUGACGGACCAGGGUUGGUAUCCUUUAGUACUCAAUACUUACAAGAUCGGACCAGGAGCCACAGCUGAUCAGGACAUCUCUUGUGAUUACACUUAAAAAUGUUAAAAACAAGAUAUUUAAAUUGACUUCAUUGUUUUGGAUAAUUAAGAUUAAUUAGAAAAGCCAAUAACAAACGUUUCCAUAAAUGCAGCAUCACUUUACAUCAACUGUGGGACCAGCAUAUCAGUUUAUAACCUGGAGGCUGUGGGUGCAGUUCUCACUCUGUCCUGCUGAGCAUCAACCUGUGUCCAUGUUUUUGAAAAAUAAGAAAAAAAAAAUGGAACAAAAAAAUAAAUAAAUAAGGCUCACGUCUGAGUCUGCAACCAACCACGUGUUCUCUCCCUCUCCCUGGAGACAACAUUUUACAUUUCACAGGCAACACAGAAUCUGGAGUUUGACACUUUUUCAUACAUUCUUCCUAACAAUGUGCUUUUUUUAACUGUACAUUUGAUCUCCAUGCACCCAAAAAAAUUGCAUCACAUCAGAUUAAAAAAUUCCACAAUUGACAGUAUGUUAAAGGAAUAAAGUCCAGACUGUGUGUUGCCAUCUGUUCAGCUUCUUGAAUGGAUGUGAAAUCCUUGUCAUCCUGUUGUUUAUACUUCACCACCUCCUCUCCUCAGUAGUUCUGCUGUGACUGGAUACUGUGUUUUAGGGCCUGGAGCCUCAGUCUGUGUGCUCUCAGUAAACAGGAGUAUUUGUUUUUAGUUUUUUUUUUUUUUUUUUACAGUAGACUUAAAAUUUUCACUUCUGUGGAAAAAAAAUUAAACAGUACUGUUUUAGAAACUUAAGUGGAGGUGAAUGAUAGAAGGCUGCACUUUUUAGGAGGGGGCUGUUACUGUUGGUCCUAUCUUUGUGAUUGUUCAUCAUUUAGCUCCUCUACUUUCUUUCAAUGGCAGCUCCCACAGUUAGACCAGUCUGACAGCAGGUCAGCGACACUGACCUCAAACAGAUUUUUCUUUUUCUUUUUAAGACUCCAAGUCCCAUCCUUUUUAAGUUGAGCAACCGAAAGCAAUAUACUGUACAUCCUGCAUCUUGAUAGACAAAAUCAGGAAUAUUUCUGCUUGUUAUACAAUGUUUUUCUUUUUUUUUCUACUCUGCUGUUUCUAUCAAGGUCUUUAGAAUUUCCUAGGUAAUCAAAAAAAAACUUGUGUUUGAUACGAGUCAAACGCAAAUGCCAUUUGUGAACUCUAUGUACAAAAAAAAAAAGUUGGAACAAUCUAAUGACGAUGAAUGUCUUACUUUUUAGUGGUCAGUUGUGGCCAUGCCACUGGCUCUGACCCUCCUGAGUUCUGUCUUGUACUGUUAAGAACACCUGUCAUAAAUGUAAUGGUCUUAUGGGUUUUGCCUGAAAACGAUUAAAAAAGUCAGAACAA